AUGAGUGUUGUAACAGAAGAAGUAACAACUCCAAAAAAAAUACUAGAGAUUCUGCAAGAUUUCAAGGAGCUAAUUGCAUAUGAGUUACCACAAGAAUUAUCUUCUAUGCGCAACAUUCAGCAUCAGAUUGGCCUUAUUCCAGGAUCAAGCUUACCAAACCUUCCCCAUUACCGUAUGAGUCCUAAAGAAAAUGAGAUUUUAAGGGAACAAAUGGAAGAUCUGUUAAGGGAAUGGUUCAUUUGUGAGAACAUGAGUCAUUGUGCAGUACCAGUCCUUCUUGUUCCUAAGAAAGAAAAUCAAUGGCGAAUGUGUGUAGAUAGGAGAGCUAUCAACAAGAUAACUAUCAAGUAUCGUUUCCCUAUUCCUCGAUUGGACGACAUGCUUGACGAGUUAACUAGUUCUAAGGUCUUUUCCAAGAUAGAUCUUCGCAGUGGAUACCAUCAGAUACAAAUUAGGCAUGGAGAUGAAUGGAAGACAGCUUUUAAGAGUAAAGAUGGAUUGAGAUUUAUAAGAGAUUUCAGUACUAUUACUUCUCCUAUUACCGAUUGCCUAAAGAAAGGAAAGUUUCAAUGGGGUCUCGAGCAAGAGAAAAGUUUUGAUUUAAUCAAGGAAAAUCUAUGUACUGCACCAGUUCUAGCAUUGCCUGAUUUUGAUAAAGUGUUCCAGGUUGAAUGUGAUGCUAGUGGAGUGGGAAUAGGUGCUGUUUUGUCUCAGGAAAAACGACCAGUGGCUUUCUUCAGUGAGAAAUUGAGUGAAGCUCGACAAAAGUGGAGUACCUAUGAUCAAGAGUUAUAUGCAAAAUCCCCCUUUAUAAUCCAGCAUAAGUCAGGUGCGCUGAAUAAGGUGUCUGAUACUUUAAGUAGGAGGGCCUCACUGCUAGCUACUUUAACACAAGAGGUUGUGAGAUUUGAGUUUAUGAAGGAGUUGUAUGAAAAUGAUGUUGAAUUUAUGGAACUAUGGGCCAAAUUCAACAAGAAGCAUCCUUCUACAGAUUUUCAUAUUCGAGAAGGCUACUUGUUUAAAGGAGAUCGAUUGUGCAUCCCUUGCUCAUCACUAAGAGAGAAGUUGAUCCGUGAUUUGCAUGGGGGUGGUCUUAGUGGGCAUUUGGGAAGAGACAAGACUAUCGCUAGCCUAGAGGAGCGAUAUUCUUAG